CCCCACAUAUCCAGUAAAAUGUAAACAAUGGCCAAGUUUUUAACUCGUGCAACAUCGAAGGUGUUGAGAGGUAAUUCAUUCAACACUGAAUAUUACAAGCUAUACCUUGGUGUCAGUGCUCUGAAUAAGUCAUACAGCAUGGCUGCUGUAGGCACUUGGUCCUUCUCUCUCCCUGCUGUAGAAAGAAUGCGGUGCAUGAUUCUAGCUGGACAAAGUUCCACUGAUGUUGUAGAGAACGCAAUUGCAGAUGUCGAGAAUGAUGUGCAGACCGGUCGUUAUAUAGUUGGAAGAGGAGGCUUCCCCAAUAGCAAGGGAAUAGUUGAAUGUGAUGCAGCAAUAAUGGAAGGCAUGCCUGGGAGAUUUGGGGCAGUAGCUGCAUUGUGUGGUGUAGGAGAGCCAUGUCGGGUUGCACGCAAAGUAAUGGAGAGAAGUCCUCACAGCUUUUUAGUUGGUGAAGGAGCUGAAGCUUUUGCACGGGAACAGGGUUUUACCAUUGAGCCCAAUAAAGACAUGCUCUCCACCCAUACAGCCACUGCAUAUCAGGAAUUUCUUGAAAAGGGGAAACAAGUAAGAGGUCAUGAUACUAUUAGUCUCAUCGCUUUGGAUCUCACAGGAAACAUAACUGUUGGUGUAUCUACAUCAGGAAAACCUUUUAAGGCUCCAGGGAGAGUAGGGGACUCUCCACUUCCUGGCUGUGGCCUAUAUGCCGACCACACAGUGGGUGCUGCAGCAGCAACAGGUGAUGGAGACAAAAUCAUGUGCUACUGUCCUAGCUUUCAAAUUGUACAGUUGAUGAGACAGGGUUUGUCUCCUAAAGAAGCCUGUUGUUCUGUCCUGACUGAUAUAAAGAAAAGAACUGCAGAAGAAAAAUGCUUUGAGAUUGGGCUUAUUGCCUUAAACCUGAAGGGAGAGGUUGGUGCAGCCUCCUCAGUGGAAUUCCCAUAUACUUUCUGGAACCAGGGAAUGGAUUCAGUGGAAAAACAUGUCCUUUCUUAUUAAAUUAUACAAUGUUAAGAGAGAAAAAUCUUGUAUUGCAUUAUGAUUUGUACAGCAUGUACCUUAUGAAUUACAUCACAAUAAUCUGUA